AAAAAAAUCCAAUUCUCUCUCCCCCAGUCCCAACUACUCCCUCCCUUCACUCUCUUCCUCUGCUCGUGGUGGAGUAACUUGCAAAGCCAAGUAAACGCGUUGGAGUUGGACACAUAAAUGGGGGACGAAAAGGAUGCUUUUUAUGUCGUGCAUAAAGGGGAUGUGAUCGCUGUCUAUAAGAACCUGAGUGAUUUACAAGCUCUGCUACGAUCUUCUGUUGGUGAACCAGCCAUAAGUGUUUAUAAAGGGUAUCACCUGGCUAAGCAAUCAGAAGAGUAUUUGGCAUCUCAUGGACUCAAAAAUGCAAUGUAUUCUAUGGAUUUCAGUGAUGUUCGAGAUGAUCUCUUUGGGAUACUCGUCCCAUGCCCUUUUCGGCAACCUGGCUCUUCGAAAGAUAAAAUUAUCGGGAAGAAUCUUCAGGAAAAGAGGAUGCAGAUGGAGGUGGUUGCAUCUCCUUCGUUUUCAGCCGCUGGUCAGCAAAAACAUGCCAAAUUAGACAAUUGCCUAGAAAUUCCCCCGAUUUCGUCAUAUUGUCCCCCCUACGUGCAGUGUUCAUGCAUUCUUGAGUUUGAUGGGGCUUCAAAAGGGAACCCUGGACCAGCUGGUGCUGGUGCUGUGCUGCGUGCUGCAGAUGGAAGUAUGGUUUUCCGGUUGCGUGAAGGUGUGGGUGUGGCAACUAACAACGUUGCUGAAUACAGAGGUGUAAUCUUAGGGCUAAAAUAUGCUCUUGAGAAAGGUUUCAAACAUGUAAAAGUUAAGGGUGACUCAAAACUUGUCUGCAUGCAGACUCAAGGAAUCUGGAAAUGCAAGAACCAGAACAUGGCUGAGCUAUCCAAGAUUGUGAAAGAGCUUAAAGAUCAUUUUUUGUCAUUCCAGAUCAACCAUAUUUACAGAGAAUUCAACACUGAAGCCGAUGCCCAGGCAAAUUUAGCCGUGUAUCUUAAGAAUGGUGAAUUUCAAGUGGAAUGUGACAAGAAAACAACUUAAUAAUGUGAAGUCACCAACUACCCCAACUUGCUUGGGAUUUUGUGAAGGAUGAAUGACACCCAAGACCGAUGCAUAAUGGAUCUUUUGUGGUCUAAAGCCAACGUCUUGUUUGUUUUUUUGUAGAUAUAUGAUCUGAAUUAUGUGCACGCAUCUGGAUUAGGGAAACUUCUGUUUAGGAGCCUGCUCGAAUCGAUUAUUCUCUUCUCAUUUGCAAUGAAAAUUAAUUGGUUCUCUAAAGUUAAUAUUCUAGCACUU